UUUGAUGAACACAUAAUGAGGUUUCGUUCCAACCACAAUCUAGAAGGCAUGACUGCACUCCUGCAGCAGAAGUAGCUACGACACGCAGCGGUGUGCACCUCACUCUCAUUUUGUCUGUGGUGGUACAAACGUCUAUCAGUUUUGUGCUUGAUUUUAUUCCUUAUGAGUUGAAAUUUAUUUUUUUACACCUUUUGCUGCAUUGCAAACAAGAUGGAACAAAGUAUUACUGAUUGUCUGAAAGACACAUUUCCAGACUUUGAACAUCGACACUUUGAUGACGACACUGUAACGACACACAGUGGUGAUAAACCUGAAACAGGAGCAGCCAUGGAGGGCAACAACAAUCAAGAUGAAGACAGUGUCUCUUGGACAGAGUCUCGUGUAGAUUUAGAAAAGACUCAAAGCUUUAAAAGUACCGAUGUGGAAGUAGAGACUAGUUCUCGACACAGUAAGGAUGGCUUUUUAGAUGAACAAAGCAUGAAGACAGGACCUAUGGUCUAUGGAUUAUGUGAUCAUUACGAUUCAGAUGAAGAAAAGACUCAAUCUGAAGACCAGCAAUUACACACGAAGACACAUGAAGAAACAUCAGACAUCCAUCGAAUGACAAAAGAACAAGCUCAUGUUCAGAUGGAGGAUCCUGGAAUGGUAAUUAAGGAGAAAACAUCACAUCUACUAUCAUUCCAGAUGGUGGAAAACCUAGAAGAGAAGAGCUCAGCAUCAGAAGAAGAAAUAACGGAUCCUGAGGAUAUUGAGGAACAUGCCUUUCAGCAUGCACAAGACAACAAAGAAAGCAAUAAUUUCAUUGAAGAUGACCCAACGAUGUCAAUUGACGUCCAACCCAGGGAUGACAUCAAAAUAUUUACAGAAGAUGAUCCUGUGAGCGUGGUGGAGGGUUUAGCAGAUUACCCCUCUGAUUUGUCUCAAAGUGAAGAUGAGGACUGCCCAGAGAGUGAACCUUCUCACAUGAACAGUGAACUAGAUGAAAUGCAUCUGCGAGCAGACGACUGCUUCGAUCAGAUGGAGAAUCAAGCCAUAACUUCAACUGAUGCUGAUAUUAAAAGGAAAAACAAAUCCAUGAACCCUGCAGAUACGGCCACUUAUAUCAAGAAUGACCUGGACGUUGAAGAUGUUUGCGGAGGAAACAACAGUAAUGCAGAUAAAGGUAACAGUAGGAUUGAAAACACUGUAGAAAGUGCUGAUUCUGAGAACUUUCCAUCGAUUGCUUUACUGGAUGAGAGCCAUAAAGGUGACACCAAUGAGCAACGUGACUAUGACAGUGAUAUCAGCAGUGAUGAAGACUACACGAGAAAGAACAUAGCUUCUCAUGAACAAGACAAAACAUUCGCAAAAGUAGCUGUUGAGUGUGAAGAAUAUGAAAUGGAGGACACAGACAGUCGAAAUGUAGAGAUAUGUGAUGUUGGAGGUUUAUCAGGCGUUCAAGCAUUUCCUGAAGCUGGAAUGGUGGACCCUUCCGGAUACUGUUCAUAUGCUUCUGACAAAUCAAACAGCAGCUUGAGCCACUUAAUGUCCAAUUUAGUCAAACCAGACGAAAACAACGCAGAACACAACAUUGACGUUUUAAACACUGGAGAAGAUCACAACACAUUGUUCCCAGAGACGUUUUGGAGGUUGGUAGAUGAGGACAGCCUGAAGCUGGAUGAAUAUGACUGGGAUGUUAAUGAGGAAGAGGUGAUCUGCGAUGAAGAGGAUGAUUUUCCUGAAGAGCUAGAGAAUGAGGAGGAAAUGGAGAGGGACUGGGAGAAAGAACGUGAAAGGAUUGAAGCUUUUAACAUAUACUACAAGUCCCUAGAAGGCGAGGAAAACAUUUGCAGAAGCCACAAAGUUACAUUUUGUUUGGAUCCAGAAUUCACUGAAUAUGAAGAGGAAUGUAGUAGCAGUGAAGACGAACUGAACACAAACAGCAGUGGAGACGAACUGAACACAAACGACAGUGAGUUGCAUCCUGCAGAGCCUGGUUCAAUCGAUCUACAUCAAAGCAACAAAGAACACAACAGCAAACCUUUAGAGGCUUUAGAUGCUGGAGAAAAUGUCCACAUUGAACAACCUGAGACACUCUGGUCCACAACAUUACUGAUGGAUGAGGGAAAUGUGGAGCUUAAUGAAUAUGAUCACGACAUUUAUAGAGAAGACUUGGGUAAACUUAAUUCAAGUGAGGUGGUCUGUGAUGAAAGGAAACAUUUUACGGAGGAGCAGAAAACUGAUGGGCAGGAUGUUAAAAGAGAGAGGCAUGAACAAGCAAAAACUGAAGUUUUAAACAGAUGCAAUAAAGAGCCCGAAAACGAGGUGCCAGACGUGAGCCAACAUUUUUUGUUUGUGGAUCAAGAAUCUACUGAAACUGAAGAUAAUGAAAGCAGUGAACAGGAAUCAAACACAGAAGAUGACACAUCCAACAAGAAGACUAAGGACCAAAGCGAUUCUGAUGAACCACAGAGUUGUACACAGUAUUUGCACCCAGACAUGAAGAAGUUACCAAAGCCUUUACAAACGCUUACCAAAAAUGAAAAGGAACCUAAGAGCAAGUGUCUUGUCCUGCUGAAGUCAGUAUUAGCAGUGAGUCUGGCAACAGUGGUGGGAGUUCUGUCUUACUGGUGGGCCACAGACAGCCUGGAAUGGAUCUACUGAACAUAUAUUUGUUUCGGCUGUACAACAUGAUUUAAAGCAACACAUUUGUGACCUCUCUGUGUAUGAUAAAGAAACUGUUGCACAAGACCAAGCUUGCAUGUAAAAUGCGAUUACUCCACAAAAGCUCAGUAAACUGACCGAGAUACUGUAGGUCCAAGUUUAUUUCCUUACAGGAUGCAACUUAACAUUGUUAUGCUUAAACAGUGCUUUGAAAUAUAGCUUCGGAAAAUCACAUUCAUGUCUUAUAACAUUGUUAUCUUCUUUUUUAUGUGUAACCCCAUUCACCCAUGGCAAAGGUUAAUUGAUUUAAUGUCGAGUAAAUGUUACUCACAACAUUACAUCAAUUAUAUUUGCUCUAGCAACUUUUCACGCCGUUUCCACACCAGACGUCAUGCGACAUCCUAACACAUUAGAUAAGCUAUUUUUUCCAUUUUACUCAAAGUUUUUUUCCACACCAGCCACAUCAGUGAUAUAUAACAAGCUGCAAUGGUUUAGAAAUGUUUGAUUUAAAUGUUGAACGUCGCCUCACAUAUGGUGUGGACACAGUGUUAUUUGGAAAAGUGGAUGUACAUGGUAGGCUAUCUUGCCCUUGGAGCUUAAAAAGCAAAAUGUGGGAAAAUAAAUGAAUAAAAAUGAAUAUUAUGUGGCAUUUUAAACCUUACAAAACAUUCCUCCUUCACAAAACAAUCUGAAUGCAGUUAAAGGGACAUUCAACGCCAUUUCUUUCAAGGUGGACUGUCAUCUAACUGAGCUGUCAUCAACAAGCUAUAUUCCAUAAACAUGCCAUGCUAUGUAUUUAAGUUCUGAUUAUUAUUCAGUUUCUUUCUUUCUAAAGCUUAAAGUAUAGUGCUAGAUAUCAAUUCUAGAAAAAGAAAACCGAUUCCGUACGGUACAUUUUUUCCCCUCUGACCAUCACUUAACUGUCUCUCAGCAAGUGCUCUCCCUUUAAAUAUAGCUAUAUUUGUAUCAAAUAUUUUUUUCAUUUCUACAUAUGAGAAAUGUAAGAGAACAGCUGUACCUUUAAGGCAUGCACAGCUUUCUGUCUUUUCUUUGGCUAAAUGAAUUUUGUCCCGAAAGAGCCUUUUCCGCUUAAAUUUUUCGUUUAAAUGCUCACAAUGAACACAUGCCCUGAUUUACUACUAAUUUUCA